AUGCCAUGUUUCCACUCAAGCUAUCCACAAGGACCAAAUGUGCCUGCGGCUCCUACGUCUCUAUCACCAGGAGGAUUGAACGCUCCAAGCCAUCCACAAGAACCAUAUGUGCCUGGAGCUCCUCCGUCACCUGGAGGAUCGAUCGCUUCAAGCCAUCCACAAGGACCAAACGUGCCAGUGGCUCCCACCUCACCGGGAAGAUCGAGUGCUCCAAGCCAUCCACAAGAAUCAAAUGUGCCCGGGGCUCCUACGCCUUCAGGAGGAUCGAACGCUCCAGGCCAUCCACAACGACAAAAUGUGCCUGCGGCUCCUACGCCUUCAGAAGGAUCGAACACUCCAAGCCAUCCACAAGGACCAAAUGUGCCUGGAGCUCCUACGUUACCUGGAGGAUCGAUCGCUCCAAGCUAUCCACAAGGACCAAAUGUGCCUGGAGAUACUACGUCACCAGGAGAAUCGAACGCUCAAAGCCAUCCACAAGGACCAAAUGUGCCUGGAGCUCCUCCAUCGAGUGCUCCAAGCCAUCCACAAGCACCAAAGGAGCCCGGGGCUCCUACGCCUUCAGGAGGAUCGAACGCUCCAAGCCAUCCACAAGGACAAAAUGUGCCUGCGGCUCCUACGCCUUCAGAAGGAUCGAACACUCCAAGCCAUCCACAAGGACCAAAUGUGCCUGGAGCUCCUACGUUACCUGGAGGAUCGAUCGCUCCAAGCUAUCCACAAGGACCAAAUGUGCCUGGAGCUACUACGUCACCAGGAGAAUCGAACGCUCAAAGCCAUCCACAAGAACCAUAUGUGCCUGGAGCUCCUACGUCACCAGGAGGAUCGAACUCUCCAAGCCAUCCACGAGGACUACAUGUGCCUGGAGAUCCUACGUCACCAGGAGGAUCGAACGCUCCAAGCCAUCCACAAGGACUAAAUGUGCCUGGAGCUCCUACGUCACCAGGAGGAUCGAACGUUCCAAGCUAUCCACAAGGACCUAAUGUAUCUGAAGCUUCUACGUUACAAGGAGGAUCAAACACUUCAAGCUAUCCUCAAAAACCAAAUAUUCCUGGUGCUACAACGCCUUCAGGAGGAUCGAACGCUCCAAGCCAUCCACAAGGACCAAAUGUGCCUGCGGCUCCUACGCCUUCAGAAGGAUCGAACACUCCAAGCUAUCCACAAGGACCAAAUGUGCCUGCGGCUCCUACGUCACCAGGAGGAUUGAAUGCUCCAAGCCAUCCACAGAGACCAAAUGUGCCUGGAGCUCCUACGUCACAAGGAGGAUCUAACGCUCCAAGCCAUCCACAAGGACCAAAUGGGCCUGGAGCUCGAGGAUCUACCGCUCAAAGCCAUCCACAAGGACUACAUAUGCCUGGAGAUCCUACGUCACCAGGAGUAUCGAGCGCUCCAAGCCAUCCACAAGGACCAAUUGUACCUGGAGCUCCUAUGUCACCAGAAGGAUCGAACGCUGCAAGCCAUCCACAAGGACCAAAUAUGCCUGGAGCUCCUACGUGUUCAGGAGGAUCGAACGCUCCAAGCAAUCCACGAGGACCAAAUAUGCCUGGAGCUCCUACGUCGCCAGGAGAAUCGAACACUCCAAGCCAUCCACAAGGAACAAAUGCGACUAGGAAUCCUACAUUGGGAGGUUCAAAUACUCCAAGCCUUCCACAAGGACCGUCUAACACUCCAAGCAACCCACAAGGACCAAAUAAAGCUGGAUUUUCCACAUCAUCUGGAGGAUUUAAGGAACGAGGCAGUACAGCAAAACCUUGGACGACGGGGGAAUCUAAGUCUCCAAGCUACUACAAGGACCAAAUGUGUCUGGAGCUCCUACGUCUUCAGGAAGGUCAAAUACUCCAAGCAAUCCACAAGAACCAAAUGUGGCUGAAAGUCCUACGUCACCAGGAGGAUCAAAUACUCCAAGCUAUCCGCAAGUACCAAAAAUGCCUGGAGCUCUUACGUCACCAGAAGGACCUAAGUGACAAGUUAGUCCAACAAAACCAUGCACAUCGGGAGAAUCAAAAAUACAUGGAUCAUAUUUGUCUAGUACUCCAGUCUCUCCAAGAGGGCAUACGGGAUCAGAAGGCUUGA